AUGUCUAUUCACACUGAUGAAAAUGACGUAUAUAUAUGUGGUGGUAAAACCAAUCAUGAUCAUCAACCAAAUUCUGAUCUAAUUCAAACAAAACGUCUUCGACAAGAUAUGAAGCAACGUGAUUUAAAUGAAUUAACGCCAAUUGGUGCAAUUUAUGAAGAAGAAACAGCUAAAGCAUCAGUUGAUCGUACGAUUCUAGCCGCAUUCCCAACAAAUCAAGAAAUUCAUCAUGCGCUGUUUGCAACUCGUCGAAAACUCGAGCCUCCAUUCCCUAGCUCAUAUUCAUUUGGCAUUCCUGAUUUAUAUAAAUUAAUUAUCAAUAAAGAAAGAUUUUUACUUUUUGAUGAAUCACGUGCAAGACGUGAGCGUCUGUUGUUAUACGGGAGUGAUCUUCAAUUAAAUUUAUUGUUUGGUUCACAAACGAUAUAUAUGGAUGGCACAUUUUCAAAGACACCACCACAUUUUACUCAAGUAUUCAUUAUUCAUGCGAUUAACUUCGAUAAAUGUGUACCUUGUGUAUUUGGACUGACAAUUAAUAAAAAAAGUGCAACUUAUCGACAAAUGUUUUUCGAGCUCAAGCAAAUAGCUGCAGAGCGUCAAAAACAAUUUUCACCUCAAUUACUAUUAACAGAUUUUGAAUCUGGGAUUUUACCGGUUGUGAAGACAGAAACACUAUGGGUGUCAUUUUCAUUAUUCUCAGGCCAUAUCAGACAAAUUCAACGAUUAGGUCUUCAACAACAAUAUGUUAGAGAUGAAGUUGUACGUGGUCUUUGUAAAAAAAUCAUGUCUCUGCCAAUGAUGACGAUGGACACAAUUCUUGGUGGAUACGAUGAGAAUCGAUAUGAAGCUGAACAACUACCUGGCUCACCAAUCGAACCACUGUUAAGAUAUUUCGAAAAACAAUGGUUAUCUGAGAUCACUUUAUGGAAUGUUUCAACCACCAAUUCCUGCACCAACAACGUCUGUGAGGGUAAGAGUGAGACGGAAUCUAUUUCAAAAGCGAUGACUAUACUUUCUCAUUAA